GCGGGACAGACUGGCGCUGUCGCCUCUUCAUGUAACCACGAGCCCGGCCUCCAGGACUCCAUCGGGACGGUGAGACUAAAGACGGGAUGAGACGUCCGCUGUGUCCCAGACGAGCGAUGGUUCCACCCAAAUAAUCCCGUCCUUCGUUCCUCGGCAGAAGAGGGAACAUUAACACCCCCCCUCGGUAGGAUCUGAUUCAAAGGAGAAAAUCAAGAUGGCCGCAGACUCCGUGCAGGGGGAUGCCAGGGGCCAGCUGGUGGCAGAGCGUCUUGGACUGGGCCAAAAUCUGGACCUGUCGGAUACCAUGGUUCAGCAGAAGUUGGAUGAGAUUAAGGAGCAGAUACGCCGUGAGAUCCGCAAGGAGCUGAAGAUCAAAGAAGGAGCAGAGAACCUGCGAAAGGUCACCACAGACAAGAAGAGCCUGGCUUAUGUUGACAACAUGCUAAAGAAGUCUAACAAAAAGGUCGAGGAACUUCACCAGGAGCUACAAGAACUUAAUGCCCAUAUUGUGGUCAAGGACCCAGAAGAACUACUAGAAUGCCCUCUAACCCCAGAUACUCCAAACAGUGAAGCAAAAAUGUGCACCAGCAGCAGCCGCCUCGCAGCUCUAAAGCGUCAGAACGACAUCGAGCUGAAGGUGAAACAAGGAGCAGAGAACAUGAUUCAGAUGUACUCCAAUGGCUCCUCCAAGGACCGUAAGCUGCUAGCAGCCGCCCAGCAGAUGCUUCAGGACAGCAAGACGAAGAUCGAGUUCAUCAGGAUGCAGAUCCUCAAGGCCAGUCAGACCAACGAGCUCAGCUUUGAGAGCAACGAUGUCAUCGAAAAGUCCAUCAUCAGCCCUUUGGACCUGCGAGUGGAGGAGCUGUGUCACCACGCCAACAUCGAGUCCGCCGUGGCGGAGGGAGCCAAGAACGUCAUGAAGCUCCUGGGGUCUGGAAAAGUCACAGAGAAGAGAGCACAUUCAGAGGCCCAGGCCCGCUUUACUGAGUCCAGUCAGAAGCUGGACCUGCUGCGAUAUUCCCUGGAACAACGGCUCAACGAGUUGCCAAAAAACCACCCUCGCAGCAGUGCCAUCAUAGAGGAGCUGACCCAGCUGUCGUCUCCCGCCCUGAGCCCCAGAUCCAGUAUCAUCUCCACACAGAACCAGUACAGCACUGUCACCAAGCCUGCAGCCCUCACAGGCACUUUGGACGUCAGGCUCAUGGGCUGUCAGGACCUUCUGGAGAACAUCCCAGGCCGCUCCAAAGCCGCUCCCGCCUCUCUUCCUGGUUGGAGCCCCAGCGAGACGCGCUCAUCCUUCAUCAGCCGAGCAAACAGAAACCGUGGAGUGAGCUCGAGGAACCUGGCGAAGAGCGAGGAGCUCUCCAAUGAGAUCAGUGCAGUUCUGAAGCUGGACAACACCGUAGUGGGACAGACGAGCUGGAGACCGGCCAGCAACCAGGCCUGGGACCAGAAGUUUACCCUGGAGCUGGACCGGUCCCGGGAGCUGGAGAUCUCCGUGUACUGGAGGGACUGGCGCUCGCUCUGCGCCGUCAAGUUCCUGCGGCUGGAAGACUUCCUGGAUAACCAACGCCAUGGAAUGUGUCUGUACCUGGAGCCACAGGGAAUGCUGUUCGCCGAGGUAACGUUUUUCAACCCCGUCAUUGAGAGAAGACCUAAGCUACAAAGACAAAAGAAGAUUUUCUCCAAACAACAAGGGAAGACGUUCCUGCGAGCCCCUCAGAUGAACAUAAACAUCGCCACCUGGGGCCGUCUGGUGAGAAGAGCCAUCCCAGCGGUUAGCUCCAACUCCUUCAGUCCACAAGCUGCUGAGACGGGAGCGAGCAGCUUGCCUGAUUCUCCCACAACCAGAAGUGAUCCGUUGGUGACCAAGCUGGACUUUGACAAAGAGCCCACCCCCGGACCCAAACACUACCCCCCUCCUGAUGAUGUCAGAGAACCGCUAGCACAGCAUAAGAUGCCCAGCCCAGAUGACGUUCAGGACGCACUCGGUGCGUAUGACUUCCUGAACAGGAACAGCUCGGUCAUGGAGCCAAACCUGUACGGAGUCCUGGAGGCGGAGUUCCCGCCCACAGACGUGAAUCUGGUCUCCAGCCAGAAAGACUUAAGGGAGGAAGAGCAGUUCCACUUCAGCCUCAAGGACUUCAAAUGUGUGGCCGUGCUUGGACGGGGACACUUUGGAAAGGUGCUGUUGGCGGAAUAUAAAAGCACAGGGGAGAUGUUCGCCAUUAAAGCCCUGAAGAAAGGAGACAUCGUAGCUCGGGAUGAGGUGGACAGUCUGAUGUGUGAGAAGAAGAUUUUUGAGACGGUCAACAGUGUCCGCCAUCCCUUCCUGGUCAACCUGUUUGCGUGUUUCCAGACGCAGGAGCAUGUGUGUUUUGUAAUGGAGUACGCAGCUGGGGGCGACCUCAUGAUGCACAUCCAUGCUGAUGUUUUCUCAGAGCCUCGGGCUGUAUUUUAUGCAGCGUGCGUCGUGUUGGGAUUACAGUUUCUACACAACCACAUGAUCGUCUACAGAGACCUGAAGCUGGAUAACCUGCUCCUGGACACUGAGGGCUAUGUAAAGAUAGCUGACUUUGGGCUGUGUAAAGAAGGAAUGGGAUACCGGGACCGGACCAGCACGUUCUGUGGCACGCCGGAAUUUCUGGCCCCGGAGGUCCUAACGGAGACGUCGUACACACGAGCGGUGGACUGGUGGGGACUGGGCGUCCUCAUCUUUGAAAUGCUGGUGGGAGAGUCGCCCUUCCCUGGUGAUGAUGAGGAGGAGGUGUUCGACAGCAUCGUCAACGAUGAAGUCCGCUACCCACGAUUCCUUUCUACCGAGGCCAUCUCCAUCAUGAGAAGGCUUCUGAGGAGGAGUCCGGAACGGCGUCUCGGCGCGGGAGAGCGGGAUGCAGAGGAAGUGAAGAAGCACCUGUUCUUCAGGAACAUCGAUUGGGACGGGCUGCUGGCCAAGAAGGUAAAGCCACCGUUCGUGCCGACCAUCCAGAGCUCCAGUGACGUCAGCAACUUUGAUGAGGAAUUUACCUCCGAGGCGCCGAUCUUAACGCCCCCACGGGAGCCGCGAGCGCUGAACUCGGAGGAGCAGAAGCUGUUUUCUGACUUUGAUUACAUUGCUGACUGGUGUUAGCUCCACCUGGAGCUCCUUGAUUUUUAAUACGCCGCCUCCUUCCUGCCCAGAAUGUUGCGAUGAUCUCAGCUCCGGGAACAGAAACCGUGCCUCUCCAAACAAAAUCCAGAUGAUGCCUCAUCACUUCUCUCUAAAUCAACACAAAGAAUUCAGAUGGAGUUGGACGGACGUCCUUCGUCGUCCUGCUGUCCAGCUCGCCACCGAGAACGUUUUUUACCAACUCUGAUAGGACGAUAACGUUAUCCGCCAUCUUUUCUACUUGUACAGAUUAGACUCGUUUCUCCCUGGAACUGCAGAUGAACGUCACCUCCACAAACAUCUGGACCACUGCGGCUUCCCGCAACAGAACCGGAAAUUAGGCUCCUUAACCUCUGGCGCCCCCUGCUGGUCACUGAUUUAUUUCAUUACGUCAGAAAUCAGCAGUAAAGUUCCAGCUGAACCAAAACUUCAUUUAAAUCCGUUAAAGUUCUUCGUACGCUGUCCCGUCUCACCGCAGAGGAGCUGAUUUACACAACAUGUGGAUGCAGUCGAGCUGAAAGCACUGAUUCUAGCAAUAGUUGUCAGGAUCUACAUUUCUUCAUUAUGCAAAUAGAUUGUACAAAAUGUUUUUUUAUCUAUGUGCAUGUUGUCUGAUGUAAACUGUAUGAAUGGUACAUAAAUGACUUAAUCACAA